UCAGUGUGUGUGAAGCUCAGGGAAGAGCAGCAUCUGUUUCUUUUUCUCUUUUUGCCCUUUAACGGCUCAUAUUUAACGGCAUAAUUUAUUUAAACAGGAGACGCGGGAAACAUCCAUCGGAUUAAUCUCGUUUAUUCUGCUGUGGGACGGUUAAUGACGGUUAGUGACGGUUACGCGCUCAACUCGCGCUCGGAUCUGAAUCAUGUGAAAACGCCGAUGCGCCGCUGACUGAACCGAACCGAACCGAACCGGAACCCUGGAGCGAUCAAACUCCGACUCCCGCUGGACUGAUCGAGCUGAUCGGAUGGAUUGAUCAGGAGCAGCUCACGUGCGGCAGGAUGAGUGAGAGAGUUCUGCUUCUGCUGCUGCUUCUCCUGGGAUCUUCAGCUCAUUCCCGGGAACAUCACGUGCUGCGUGAGGUGCGGACGGGCACGUGUGAGGUGGUGGCGCUGCAUCGAUGCUGCAACAGGAACAAGAUCGAGGAGCGAUCACAGACCGUCAAGUGCUCGUGUUUCCCAGGACAAGUGGCGGGAACGACCAGAGCGGCUCCGUCCUGCGUGGACGCCUCUAUAGUGGAGCAGAAGUGGUGGUGUCAGAUGCAUCCGUGUCUGGAUGGAGAGGAGUGUAAAGUGCUGCCGGAUCUCAAAGGCUGGAGCUGCGCGACCGGGAACAAGAUCAAGACCACCAAGAUCUCCUCGGACCGGGAUCAGCUCUGGUAACCGCUUGAAACCGGAUACAGACACCUGGAGAGACGUCUGCGUCACGUCUUCGCUCUCGGACACAUUCAGACGUGAGCUCCGGACUGCAGGACACAGGUUUGGUGAUUAGUGGGAAUAUCACAGGAUCAGGAGAGACUCCAUGAACUCUAAACUCUAAACGGUCAGAUCAUGAACACGGAUACGGACGUCUGACCUGAACACUUUCUUCCUGUAUUUCUAAUAUGAAUGUUCAUGUAUCCUCAUAUCAAACAAGACUACUGCAGGUUUUUCUGUAUGUAAAUGAUGCAUACGCUCAUAAUAAACCAUGAUUGUCUUAAUCCA